ACCUCUGCCCGUUUCCAUGGUAACAGUGUGAGUUGCUCUGGCAGUAGCUCGGCCCUGCAGUUUUACCACAUUAUUAUAGUUACCGUACUUGUAGUUGCAGUUUGUUAAAAGUUCACCAGCAGUUAACCAUUGUAAAUUUGAUCACCGUUCAGUGACUGAGAAAGAUCUUGAUUUAUAUGAACCAGUGAAGAUAAUAUGAAGUUGAGAUGUCAACAUCACCUGCACUGAAGGGUGUUGCACAGAAUGUAAACGAUUCUAUUCGAACCAACGAGACCUCUCUGAGCCAUCUGGAGGAGCAGAUUGACGCGCUAACUGACGCACUUGUGUCAGUUAAUUCGGAUCCACAAGAGAUGCAGGCGGUAUACGAGGAAGAGAGAGCUAAACUCCUUCAGGAUGUGUCCCAGAAAAAUCAACUCCUGAAUAAAACCAUGGAAGAACUCAAGGGCACAGAACAGCUCCACCAGAAGGAGAUAGAGAUGCUCCAGGAGAGAAACCGGCAGCAGAAAGACUCUUUAAUGGAACAACUCCGGACUAGUCAGGCGGAACUGAUGGAGUAUUACAGUAGAACAGACCUAAUGGAGAAUGAAACGGAAAGACUAGAGUGGGAGCUGUCUCGAGCCGAGGAGAAAUACAAACGGCAAAACGAGAAUCUGAUCGACCAAAACAAUGCUUUAAUGCAUGCACUGCAGGACGAGCAGGAUAAGUCUCGUGAUGUUAUUGAAGAUCUAGAAAGAUCGCUCCAAACAGUUCCCCUGGAUUUAGAUGCUGAAUUUGAAAAGAACAUGGCUAACUUGUCUUCGGAAGACUUCCAGCCAACUUCUGGGAGCAGUCCUGCUAAAAAUCAACUUAAUUCGAAGAUAGGUCUGGAAAUCCUGAGAAAUCUCAAGAAGAGGAUCAAUGAUUUGGGUCUAAAUAAUGAGGAACUUGUAAAGAUAAUUGAUGAUCUUGGGAAGUCUAUCAUCAGGGAGACUGCGAUUUCAAAGCGUUAUAAUAAAAAAUGUGGCGAACUUUUAGCUGAACUUGAGGACAUCAAAUCAAGAAGACCCACCCAAAGACAACUUGAAGAUGUCAAGUAUGAUUUAGAGGAAAACAAGAGAAUGCUGGAAAAGUCACAGAAGAAAGUUCAAGAGUUGGAAAAGGUAUUGGUGACCACACUUUCUAAGCAUGAUAACCUCGUUUCUGAUCUAAACAAGACGAUUGACUCUCAAGACCAACACAUUGAGGAGUUGAAGAAAAAGAAUUUCUAUCCUAAGCUUAUGGAUGAUCUCAAAAAGGAAAAUAGUAAGCUAAAGGAAGAGGUGAAGAAGCUAAAUUCCCUUGUGAAAGAAUCACCAAACAGAAAAGUUGGAGGCUUGAAGAACAAGUUUGAAGAAAAAAUGAACCAACUAUCUCCCGAAGAAAGGAAGCCUGUUAAGAAAGAUUCUUCGGAAAAAAUAGAGAACAUGAAAGUCUUGCAUCGUGAAGAAGUGAAUCAUUUUAAAGGAAAACUAAUGAUUUUAGAAAAGAAACUUAAUCAAUCCUUCGAGGAAAAUACUCAACUGAACCAGGAGCUCAGCUAUGCAAUGGAGCAGCUUGAUGACAACUCCUUCAACUAUGAAAGCGUUAUUAUAGAUCUCCAGACGAAACUUGAGAAUUCCAUCCUUGAUGACACUUCUGGAAGUAUCAACGAAUCAGUCCUUGAACUGAAAAAACAUUUAGAUGCGGAGAAAGAGCGCAAUAAAAAGUUGUCGAACAAGCUAACCGAAUUGGAGACUUCAAAGGACGAACUCCUUUCUGUUGUGGAAUUAUCUCUUGAUUCUGAGACUCUUCCACCUCCCCCUCCGGAGAUAAAUAUCACAGCACCAUCACCAACACAUUCUGACAACUCCCCAAAUCAGUCACCCACCUUGAUUUUACCCAAACCUAAUCCUCUCAGAGUUUUAUCUGAUAGACUGAAUGAGGUUAGAAAGGAAAAUGAAGAAGGAAAGUUUGCUCUGGAAAGUGCAGAAAAAGAAAACGAGUUGCUGAAAGGGAAGAUUAAUGAUCUUGAAGACCAAUUGUAUGAGCAAGAUGAAGAAAUCAUGCAACUAAAAUCUGAUGUGAGGCGGGGAAUAUCUGUUUCUGUAACACCUGCAAAUCCCCAAGCAGAACUUGAGAUUCUUGAACAGAACUUGGAAGACAGCCUCCAUGAUAAUAUUCAUCUUGAGGACACAAUAGCAAUUCUUUCUGAUGAACAUGAUGCUCAAAUGUUAGCUCUAAACUCGAGGAUUGCUGAUCUUGAAAGAGAAUUGGAGAUCGCGUUAAGUGGUACAGAUCCAGCUGACAAAUCAUUGAUAGAACAACUUGAAAAUGAGAAGCGGGAUAGAAUCAUGCUUGAAAGAAGAGUUGAAGAACUUGAAUUUGAUCUUCAGGAGAGGUUAUCUGGUAAAGAUUCCGAGGAAUCACUGAAUAACCUUGCUCAGAAUUUGGACGAAGCAGAGAAAAUGUGUGAAAAGUUAAUGUUAGAUGACGAGGAUUUGGUCACUCUUGAUAGCGAUGAAUUCAAGAAACGUCUCAAGGGUAAAGAUGAUCAGAUAAACAAGCUGCAGAAGAAUAAUGAGGCAUUGAAAGCUGAAAUCGACACCCUCAACUCCGAAUUUGCCGAGAUAAGCACAGAGAUUGCUGAAGCUGAUAAUCAAUAUGGACAAAGGAUAGAAAAUCUGCAGAAACAAGUACGAAUGAAUCAAGAUGACCAUGAGAAAGCCAUGAAAAAUCUUGAGGAAGAAGUAGAAAUGUUGAACGAAAUGCUGGAAGACGAAAGGCAAUCCGAUGUGUUGAAAAUGCUUGAAAAAGAAAAUACCUCACUGAAGGACGAAUGCAAAGUUUUGACAGAUCGUCUUGCUUUAGACAUCCUGAGCAAGAUAUCGCCGAUAGAUGAAAAACGUGACGUAAUCGCUGAAAUGAAAGAUCACUAUGGAAAAGGCCACAGUCGGUUGCAGACAGAGAUCGAUCUUAAGAAACAGAAGAUUACAGACUUGCAAGAGGACUUGAAAAGAAUGAAUGCGAACAAUGCUAGAAAGAUUGCGUCGUUAAAGGAAAGUCAGCAUAUCAAGGAAGAACGUCAUAAACUGGAAAUCGAGGAAACUCUUUUGACAAAUGAAUCUUUGAAAAAGGAAUUAGGACAGGCAAAGAGUAUCAACAAACGUUUCGAACAAAAUCUUGAGGACAAAAAUGUUGAGUUCAAUGAAGUAGUUACCAAACUUUUGAACCUUGAAAAUCUUAUUGAGAUUCAACAGGACAAUCUACUUGCCAAAGAUGAGCAGUAUGAUACCAUCAAUCGUCAGUUGAAAAACCUGAAAGCAGAAUUGGAGAUUGCCCAACAGAGGCAUAACAUUCUUAGAGAGGAAUCAAUUGCACUUGAUAUCCUGGAAUCUAGUCUUAAUGAAGCUUCAGAACAUGACAGACAGUUAGAAUCAGAGGUAUCUGACCUCAAGAUGAAACUUGAAAAGGCUGUGUUUGAUAAAGAGAGAGCUGAGAGGGGGAACAAAUUACUUGAAAUGCGUGCUAAAGAAAUGAAAACUGAUGACCACCCUGAUCUUAAUUCAGAAUCAGAUAGAAUUAUUAAGAACCUAAAAAAGAAUGUUGAAGAUUUGGAAAUGCAGGUGGAAGACCUGUUAGAUCAAGAAGAUGGUCUUCGGGAACAAAUCAGAUCUCUUAAAUCAGACAAAAGCAAAUUGGAAGUACGCCUUUCCUUACAAAACGAUAACCAGAAGAUUGACGAACUGGAAAAGACGAUUACCAUGAAGGAAAAGACGAUCGAGGAAAAGAACAAUGAAAUCAAUUCCAUACUCAGCAAACAGGACAAGACAAAGCAAGAACUGGUGACAAAGAACGUUGAGCUGCAGAACAAAUACAAUAAUCUUUUGGAGAAGUGUAACGAUCAUGAAACCGAAAAUAGCUGUCUUCUUGAAGAAAUCGAUACGAACUUUAAAGUACAUACUGAAACCGCGAAGCAACUUGAAAAUGAGAUAAAAGAGCUGAAAUCUUUUAUUGCAGAGCAGGAUGAGUCAAUCCUUAAGAGUGAAGAGAUAAUAAACAAAGCAGAAGCCAAAAACUUGGCUGAUAGCCAGGCUUUCUUUGAAUCUCGAAAACAAUUGGAAACAGAGGUAACUUAUCUAAAGACAAAGCUCAUGGAUUAUGAGGGAGGUGAUGCUAUGCGACGAUCAUCUUCCGUACACAGCGUUUGGCUGGAAGAUACAGCUAGUUUUAAUCAUGUCAUCGGCGAGAAAGAUCGCCAAAUUCGGGAUCUCCGUGACUCUUUAAAACGUAGCAGUGUAGCAAGCUCCCAAAAAGGAAGCAUUUGCGAUCUCAACUUUAAGAGUGGAAGUCUAGGGAGUAUUGCACCUCCGACUGAACUUGAAAUUCAGGGAGGCUACGUCCCAGAGGAUGGACUUGCCAUGGACAAGUACAAAAAACGUAUCGAGGAUAUGCAGAUGCUAAUGGACAAGAAGGAUGAAGAAUACAGGAAGCUCUAUCAGAAGUUCAAACAGGAACUUGAACGCCAGACUUCAGAUGGGAAUGUCUACAACGCCCACAUUAAGAAACUGCAGAAAAUGGUGUCAUUAUUCGAACAACAAGCAGAUAAGGUUACUGCUGAUAACAAAGUGAUAAUUGAAAAGAGCUGUAAAGGUAUCAAUGACAUCAAUGAAUCUCUCACAAAUCUCAAUGAUGAGCUGUUGUUAGAAAGUGAACGUACCACAGACGUACUAGGAGAACUUGACUUGUUGAAAGAAGACAUUGAAGCAAUCCAACACAAUCUAUCGGGCAGUGACAAGGACAGUGAGUUAACGAUUACCCUUGAUAAGGUCCUUGAGAUUGAAGACAACGUUCAGAUGACAGUCGAGGAACACCAAUGUUCACUUGACCACUAUCAGCUGCUUCUGCAAACAACUCAACAAGAGAUGCAGAUGAUAGCAGAAGAAUUAAGAAGCAGCAAGGAAUCAGAGAAUGUCGAUAAUUCGGAUUGCCUCUCUCCAAUUCUGGAGAUACUUCAGGAGAAGGUUACUCUACUAGCAGAUAAACUAUCCGACACGAAAGAUGAAGUAACUUCCAGUAGAUUCAGGGGUAGUCAGAACGGAAAGAGCGAACGAGAAAAUGCCAUCGUUAUAGAGCAGGCAGAGCUGCGAUGCACGAAGUUUGAGAAUGAAAUAGAAUCUAUAAAGAACAUGCUUGGCAACUACGAUAUUGCUCCCGACUCUGAACGGUUCAUGAAGGUUACCGACGAACUCCAAGAGAUCGCCUCUCAGAUGGGUGAUCUGAAAGAUCUUUUGACGCUCAAAAAAGCUUCUCCAGUCCUCUCCAAAAUACGGCCGGUACACCAGGAAGCUAAAAUCAAGGGGUUGGAAUCAGAGGACUACGAACAAAAAACUCCCGUUACAGACGAAAGUGUUUUGGGACAUGUCAGUCUACAAGAGAUCGAUGGCCUUGAACUCAUCACCCACGAUAUAAGACACCAGCUCAGGGAGAAGAUAAAAGAAUGUGAAAACUUACAGGAAGAAUGUGCAAGUCUGAGGGGAGUUAGUGCCAACAUGAACGGAAGUAUGCGUGAGCUUCAGAAGGUGUUUGGUCAAAUGCUCGCGGAAAAGGGCGAGAAAAUGGACAUGCUAAAUGACACAAUCAGUGUUGAGAAGAGUGUCUAUGAAACGAGGCUGUCCCAGUUGUCCGAUGUUAUCGAAUAUAAAGAUAAAAGUCAGGAUCAGCUGAGAAAAACCCUGUCGUUUGAACGAGGUCGAUUACAUCAGCUCAAGGAGGAUCUCGAUACUUCUUAUGAAAAAACUUUCGAACAUAUAAAGGAGUAUGAGGGUCGUGUUUCAACAAUGGCGGAGAGGCUCAAUAUCCAGCAGCAGCUAGUGAAGGUUAAGUUAGAAACAUGUGAAGACGAAAUAGAAGAGCUUAAGGAGCAGCUUAAUAGCAGCAAAAUGCUCGUCAAAGAGAAAGAUCACGCGCUGGAGGAUCUGGAAAGUAGUCGCAGAAAAGAACUUCGUGCAAAGCAGCGACAACUCAAAAAAGCGGAAGACGAAUCAAUACGGUACCAAACUGAACUUGAUGAUCUGAAGAAUACUUUCAGUCAAACCCACGGUUCUUUAGAUCUGCAACUGUCUCAAUAUGGGGACAUCAUGACCAAAUUCAAGGACGAAAUAUCUGAAGAAAAGGAGGCAUUCCAGAACUCCCUUCAAAAAUUAAACUUCUUGGUCGAGGACAGGACCCAGAAAAUUAAAGAAUAUGAGGAAAUAGUUGGAGAUUUGCAGGUCAACUUGAGUAGUACUCAGUUGGAGCUGAAAGAGAAGGAUAAGUUGAAUGAGACUCUGGCAAGGGAACACAGCAAACUGAAACUUGCCAUGAUGAACCAGACUUCGCCUACAGCUGAUAACGAUAGUGGAGUUCAUUGGAUGACCAAGGCGAACAAAGCUGAGCAUCAAGUGAAGAAAUUGAAGCAAACCAUCGAGGAUAUACGAUAUCGUUACGAGACCCAACUCGCAAACAAAGAUGAUGAGGUUCUCAGAGCUAAUAUGAAUCUAGAAAAGGUUCAGCAGAUAUUGGCUGCUCAAACAGAGAAGCACGGCGCUAUUCAAAAUGAGGUCAAGUCUCUGAAACUAGACAUGGAGGGAGCAGGAAGUGAUAAUCAAAUUAAAGACCUCGAACAAAAGCUAGCUGCCAAACAGUCAGAGGUUGAUGAAGCUCUGUAUCGUAUGCACAGACACCAGAGAGAAACAGAGGCCCUGAAAGACGUGUUAGCAUCAUAUCAAAACAACGCUGAUAACGAUGUUGCUCACAAGAUUUCCGAGUAUGAGACCACCAUCGCUGAUUACGAGGUCCAAGUGACGAUGUUGAAGAAGAACAUCAGUGAUCUCCACACUCAACUUCACAAUACCUGUGAUGAGAGACAGAAAGUCAUAGAUAAAGCACAGGCUCAAAUAGCUGUAUAUCAAAGAAGACUCGAACAGAUGAAUGACAGAGUGGAAGAAGCAAAAGCUUCUGCCUCGAAGGAAGCUGAAUCGUUCAAAGACUCCAAAAGACAGUACUUGCGGCAGAUAACGUUGCUAGAAGAGCAACUGAAGGACACCCAGACCGGCGGGGAGCACUUCGCUCUCAGACAGAAAAUAGCCAGACUAGAGCGCCAGUUGGGAAACGAGAAGCUGGUGUCGCCAGAUAAGGAUUUGCAGCAGCGGUUUGAAUUGGCGGUUAAACGUGCCGACCAUCUUCAGGAGCAGGUCGAUACGAUGAGGAAAACGAACAAGCGAGUGCAAAAGACGGUAGAGGAUCUGUGGGCGGAAAAUACGCAACUCCUCAAAGAUCUCAACCGGUCUGGUCCGGGCCAGCUACCUUCAGCUAAAAAACGGGAAAUGCCUAAACGACCUCAAUCCAAAACCAGUAAAAGUAAAAACCGUGGUGACAUGGACAUCCCAAACGUUAUUGGAUCAGCUGACAUUUGAACUUUAUUUUAUUUUCCAGGCCACUGUUGACUGUCCAGAUUUGAGAUUUGAUAUUUGAAUACUUGUUCAUUGUAAUUGUAAAUAGAUCUGUAAUCAGUAUUACUGUUACACUUACACUGUACACGAACGAGAUGUCAAUAUACUUUUCUCUGUGGCCUGGAUGUUGGUUCUUCGAACUUAUAACUUAAUUACGAGUUAAAAAUUGACUCUUCCGUUAAAUGAGAACUGCUACUUGCUACUAUAUUUAGCAGUAGCACCUUUGCUUUUCACAUUUAA